GCUGCCACGUCUCCUCAGCUCCGCGGCAACCGAGGCUGGUCACUGCUGACUGGACUGAAGCAGGGGGGGGGGUCUGGCCGCCGGGAGUCCGGAGACAGACUGGCCACCCCCUUUCGGAUCUCUGUGAGGCGACGAGGGACAGCAGGCCUGGAGCGUCGCGGUCGGGGCGGGGGAGGGAACCUGUCCACCCGCCCCAGGGACAGCCCGUGAAACCACCACCGCCUUUUUGGGGAACCCGCCCCGCCGACCAGGCCUCCAUGCAGGUGGAACAGGUUGGAAACCAUUGACUGGGUCACAGCUGCAGGUGGCACUGGAAACAUUCUGGUUCCUGGACAUGCCUGGUGGAAGGAGGGGCCCUAGUCGGCAACAGCUAAGCCGUUCAGCUUUACCUUCUCUACAGACUUUGGUUGGAGGAGGCUGUGGCAAUGGAACAGGUCUAAGAAACAGGAAUGGCAGUGCUGUUGGCCUUUCGGUCCCUCCUAUCACAGCCUUAAUUACUCCGGAGCCUGUACGUCAUUGCCAGAUACCAGACUUGCCCGUGGAUGGGAGCCUGCUCUUUGAAUUUCUCUUCUUCAUCUAUCUUCUGGUCGCCUUGUUCAUUCAAUACAUCAACAUCUACAAAACUGUGUGGUGGUAUCCCUACAAUCAUCCUGCUUCUUGUACUUCACUGAAUUUUCAUCUCAUUGAUUACCACCUGGCUGCAUUCAUCACAGUGAUGCUAGCAAGGAGGCUUGUCUGGGCGCUCAUCUCAGAGGCCUCUAAGGUGGGUGCAGCAUCUGUGAUUCACUACGUAUUACUAAUAACAGCUCGUUUGGUGCUGCUUACUUUGUGUGGAUGGGUGCUUUGUUGGACUCUGGUCAAUCUCUUCCGAAGUCAUUCAGUCCUCAAUCUCCUUUUCCUUGGCUACCCGUUUGGUGUUUAUGUGCCCCUCUGCUGUUUCCAUCAAGAUAGUAGAGCACAUCUUCUCCCAACGGACUAUAACUAUGUGGUUCAGCAUCAGGUGGUGGAGGAAAGUUCCUCCACUAUGGGUGGUUUGGCUAAAUCCAAAGACUUCAUCUCUUUGUUGCGAGAGUCUCUGAAAGAACAAUUUAACAAUGCCACACCCAUCCCCACUCACAGCUGUCCUUUGUCACCAGACCUCAUCCGUAAUGAGGUAGAAUGUUUAAAAGCAGAUUUCAACCACAGGAUCAAGGAAGUCCUCUUCAAUUCCCUCUUCAGUGCCUACUACGUUGCAUUUCUGCCACUCUGUUUUGUGAAGAGUACCCAGUACUAUGACAUGCGCUGGUCAUGUGAGCACCUCAUUAUGGUGUGGAUUAAUGCCUUUGUCAUGCUCACAACGCAGUUGCUACCGUCUAAAUACUGUGAUUUGCUGCAUAAAUCAGCUGCUCACCUGGGCAAAUGGCAGAAACUUGAACAUGGGUCCUACAGCAAUGCUCCACAACACAUAUGGUCAGAAAGUACGAUAUGGCCUCAGGGCGUGCUGGUACGACAUAGUCGCUGUUUAUAUAGAGCUGUGGGGCCUUAUAAUGUAGCAGUGCCUUCAGAUGUCUCCCAUGCUCGUUUUUAUUUUCUUUUUCAUCGUCCAUUAAGGCUGUUAAAUCUGCUUAUCCUCAUUGAGGGAAGUGUUGUCUGCUACCAACUUUAUUCCCUGCUUCGGUCAGAAAAAUGGAAUCACACACUUUCCAUGGCCCUCAUCCUCUUCUGCAACUACUAUGUCUUAUUUAAACUCCUCCGGGACCGAAUAGUAUUAGGCAGAGCAUAUUCCUACCCGCUCAACAGUUACGAACUCAAGGCAAAUUAAGCUGCCUGUCCAACAGUGAGGGAAAACCCAGAUAAAAAUAUUUUCAUACAGUUCUAUUUUUUUUUCUUGCAAUGUUUAUAAAUAUUUAAGAUAUUUUAUAUUUUGUAUACUAUGUGUUUUGAAAGGUGGGAUGGGUAAGGGCUAUUAAAUGUCUCCAUAAACAAGAUGAUGUGCUUUUUCCUGUGUUAAUUGUUUUUGAAUAUAUGUAUAUGCAGGUCAUGAAUAUAGAGAAACUGUGAAAUGAAAUUCAUUGUUUUAAAGUCACAUUUUGUGUUUUAAGUUGGGCAAUGGCUUUGCUAGAUUUGUCUACUUUAUCAGUUCUUGUUAGAUAAGACUCCCUUUACCCAAGAUAAAUAGAGCUUUCCUUCUGUGGCUCCUUUUCUUUUCUCAUUCAGCAGUGAAAUCUGGAGAGAGGGAUAUAGUGAGAGCCUAGAAUAGAUUACUGAAUCAAGACAGCAAUGAGAAAAAUUCUCGACAAGUUUCAGGUGCCCUUUUCUACUGCAUUCAUUUGAAAUGUGCUUUGAAUAAGCAGCUGACUUCCCUAUUAGUCUUUUUAACCUCUUCUCAUUCCCAUCAUUUUUCAUCUUAAGUUGUCCUCAUGUUACUGUUCAGUCACUUGUAAAAUCCAUCUUAGAUCGAUAGUAGGGUCUGGUUUGAAUGAUAUUCAGCUUUUGUGAUAGACCUGUCCCUCAGAAGCAGCAUGGUAUAAUAGAAAGAAUGCUUGUCAGGGAAUCUGGAAAUCUGGGUUCAGUCCCUGGUGAUGCCAUAACUUUGUGACCUUGAGCAAGUGUCCUCAUUUGUAAAAUGGGAAGAUGCCUUAGAUGUUCAGUAAGGGAUCUUUUUUAAUUUUUUGUGGUCUUUUUAGCUCUAACAGUCAAUGAUUCCAUGUUCAUUUAUGUGAAACCUAAAUUAGGUGUGGUACCCAACCUUCCAUAGUGUAAUGAGUUCCGUGGUCACAUUCACUAUUAUGGAGUAUUUCACUAACCACCCUCUUCUUACUAAUUUAUUUGUUCAUUAGCAAGCAUUUAUAGAGAAUCCAUUAUAUAUGCCUUUUAUUUGGUGCUAUAUGAGAUAGAGAAAUAAGAAAUUAUCCCCACCUUUGAGAAUUUACAUUCCAGCUUGGAAGAUAAGACAUCAUGAAACAAGAGAAUGUAAACAAAUGUGAGGUGUUGUAUACCCAAAUGAUGGUACACUAUGAAAUGAAUGAUCAGCAUGCAGUAGAGCUGGUCAAAGAAAGCAUUAUUCUCUUAGAGAAAAUGAAUAAUGGACCUGGAUUGUUGGAGAAGGAAUUGGAAUCUAAUUAAUGGAGAAAUCAUAUAAGUUUCUUUACCCACUCAUUCAUAAUCACUUUCAUAUCAACUUAUCUACACUUUUAUUUUUUCUCUGUGGACUAGUUUUUGUUAUUUAUGCCC